AUGGUUCUCACAAGCAAUGAGAAGCGCGCCUUCUUCAGACAACAGUGCCGUGAAGCAUUGGCAGCCCAUAUUAAUGACCGACUUGGCCUUGUCGUCGCUCCCAGCCAAGUCCGGCUACAGCCAUCGGCUGGGGAUGGAUACGCUUGGUCGGUGACGGAAUCCAAGAAGAGCCUGUUGCAGUCGAACUUGGGCGGUGGAAGUGUCGGCCUGUACAGGUCCAUUUGCGAAGAACUAGGCCGGUCGCUUGAGGCAGUUACUCCGCAGACGCUGCAGGUUGCCCAGUUAGAACGAGACCAUCUGCCAAGAGAAGACUCUGGGCCAGCCCGUACUGACGAGGAGGAAAGCGGCUCUUUUACGGCAAAGAUCCGCGAGUUGGAAUGCGCCAAUCAUCGAAUGAAGAACGAGCUUGGCCACACCAGCAUCCAUCUCCAGGAGUCCCUCGACGAGAAUCGCACAUUACACGCGAAAAUUCGUCGGCUUCAGGACGAGUUGGAUAGUAGCUCAUCUCGAGCAACCCACCUAGAAGACGAGUUGGUCCGUGUCACAAAUGGGAUCACCGAAGCUAUGCAGGUUUUACAGGAUCAUCAAGCCCAGGAGCGGAGCAGGACAAAUUUGCAUGGAUGCAGACAAGGUGAAUCUGGUGAUAGCACAGACAGCAUGGCGCUACGAAUAUCGCAGGCUCCGCUACGCGACGAGGUAGCUUGA